AUGAAGCCCACCAGCAUCAACAUGCUCCUCGCCGGAGGCGCCCUGACCUCCGGCGCGCUGGCCCAGACGAGCGGCGACCUUACUAUCCUCGCCAUGAACGUCGCCGGCCUGCCCGAGAUCCUCCAGAACAACGAAGUGCCCGGAGACAAGACAACAAACUCCCGCACCAUGGGAUCGUAUUUUGCCAAGUACAACUACGGCAUCAUCAACGUCCAAGAGGACUUCAACUACCACGCCUAUAUUUACGAGACAGAUACGCACCCUUAUCGUACCGCGACCUCGGGUGGCGUACCCUUUGGCUCCGGCCUCAAUACCCUCUCCAACUAUGACUGGAUCGACUUCGAGCGCAUCAAGUGGUCCACCUGCUCCAAUGCCUCGGGGGCCGACUGCUUGACGCCCAAGGGCUUCACUUUCAUGCGCGUGCGCAUUGCCGAGGGCGUCUACGUUGACGUGUACAACCUGCACACCGACGCCGGCACCGAGGCCGACGACCUGACGGCGCGUAACAGCAACCUGCACCAGGUCGCUGACUACAUUGAUGUCUGGAGCGUGGGCAACGCCGUGCUGGUGUUUGGCGACACCAACAGCCGCUACACCCGCACAUCGGACGACAUCGAGGUGUUCGGCACCCAGAACGGCAUGACGGACGUCUGGGUCCAGAUCGAGCGCAAGGGCGUCGCCCCCACCGUCGAGACCAUCUGCUCGAACCCGAGCACGACCAACUACUGCGAGACGGUCGACAAGGCCUUCUACCGCGGCAACGCCGUCGUCAACCUCGAGGCGACCUACUUCAACUACGAGAGCAGCAAGUUCCUCCAGGCCAACGGCAGCAUCCUCUCGGACCACAACCCCAUCACCGCAAACUUCACCUGGUCCCUGUCCUCCACCCUCCGCCAGUCCGACUUCUCCGGCGGCCCGCACGGCGACUGGUUCUCCGACCUCCCCGCGCUGGCCAGCAAGACCAAGCCCAAGGCCGCGACGCUGACAUUCCACGGCGCCAACCGCCUCGACGCCGUCGCCCUCACGCUGACCGACGGCACCAGCUUCACGCACGGUGGCACGGGCGGCACGGCGGCAACGCUGGCGCUCGGCGCCUCCGAGUUCUGGACCUCCGCCAAGCUGUGCUGGGGCCAGAAGGACAGCCAGACGCGCAACUUCUACAUUGAGGCGACGACCAGCACGAGCCGGAAGCUUGCGGCGGGUACGCAAACCUCGGACUGCGCGACGCACACGGCGCCCGCGGGGUGGCAGAUUGUAGGAUUUUUGGGACGUGACGGCGAUGAGAUUGACAGGCUGGCGUUUGUCUAUGCGCCGCAGUAG